AUGGGUAUUCACGGCCUUAACAAAGUGUUGGGUGAUAAUUGUCCAGCUGCGAUAAUCUCCAAUGAAAUCAAGAAUUAUUUUGGUCGUAAAAUUGCUAUUGAUGCUUCAAUGUCAAUAUAUCAGUUCUUGAUUGCUGUUAGACAAGAUGGACAACUGUUAACUAAUGAUUCUGGAGAAACAACAAGGUAUCGUAUCGUUAAUCUUUUAUCUCAUUUGAUGGGAUUAUUUUAUCGAACAAUUCGAAUGGUGGAAAAUGGAAUUAAACCUUGUUAUGUAUUCGAUGGUAAACCACCUGUUUUAAAAUCGGAUAUUGAUAAAUUUAGUCGUCGUACGGUAAAAGUUACACCUGAACACAAUAAUGAAUGUAAAGAAUUAUUGGGGUUAAUGGGAAUUCCAUAUGUAGAGGCUCCAUGUGAAGCAGAAGCACAAUGUGCAGCUUUAGCCAAAGCGGGAAAAGUUUACGCUGCAGCGUCAGAAGAUAUGGACACGUUGACAUUUUCAACACCUGUUUUAUUACGGCAUUUAACAUUUAGCGAGAAUAGAAAAUUACCGAUUAAUGAGAUUAGUCUUAAUAAAAUUAUCCAAGGACUUGAAAUUUCAAUGGAUCAAUUUAUCGAUCUUUGUAUUCUGUUGGGAUGUGAUUAUUGUGAUUCGAUCAAGGGAAUCGGACCUCAUCGUGCUGUAGAACUUAUCAAAAGAUAUGGAAAUUUAGAAAAAAUCAUAGAAAAUUUAGACACUAAAAAAUAUCCAAUACCGGAAGACUGGCCAUAUAAAGAGGCACACUGGCCAUAUAAAGAGGCACGUGAAUUAUUCAAAAACCCGGAUGUAAAGGAUCCAAAUGAAAUAGAGAUUAAAUGGGAAACUCCUAAUGUUGAGGGUCUUGUUGAAUUUUUGGUAGUACGAAAAGGUUUUGGUGAAGAACGUGUUCGUAAAGGUGCAGACAAAUUAGUAAAAAGUUUUAAAACUAAAAGUCAAGGAAGGUUGGAUAGUUUUUUUACACCAUGUCCUAAUCAAAAUCCUUCCGCUAAACACAAGAUUGGAGAUGACAAAACUGAUGCUAAAUCAAAGAAAUCAAAAACAUCUACUAACAAAAGUGGAGGUCGUGAGGAUGAAUCAAAGUCCUUAAAGACAAUGCUUUUGACAUUAAAUGUUGAUGAAUUAAAGGCAGAAUUAAAUGGUCUUAAAUUGUCAAAGAAUGGUAAAAAAGAAGAUUUGGUGAAUCGAUUGAUAGAUUAUUACCAGAAAAAUGAUGGGAAAGAUGAUGAUAGAUUGAAAAAUCAGAUUGAGCUAAAAUACUUAAAAGAGAGAUAA